AUGGAAGGCAAAGUGCCCACAACUCAAUGGGAGCUUUUUGGAGGAUACAACCACCUGGUGCACAACCAGAGGAUGAGGACCAUAACGAAUUUAUUCCUGCUGAAUUUGGCCGUAUCGGAUCUGCUGCUAGGCGUUCUCUGCAUGCCUUUCACUUUGAUCGGUGCUCUUCUCAGGGAUUUUGUUUUUGGAGAGGUUAUGUGCAAAUUGCUGCCCUUCCUACAAGGUGAGUGA